AUGAAAGCGGCUUGCGUCCAGUGUCGAGUCCGUAAGUGUUCCUUUGAACAGGACGGUUCCACUGGUCAGUCUGCGCCUCGUAUACCGCCAAAAUGUCGUGGUGCGAAAGCCUGUCAGGAAUGUCGGGCAAUGAAGGUCCGAUGUUCUGGCGAUGUUCCGAAAUGUACCAAUUGUACAAGACGAAAUAGAUCGUGCACAUAUGUCUCAAAAGCUGGGUCAUCAACGACUGAAGCUUCGUCGUCUCGAGAUGACUCGGUUUCCGUGACAGCAUCUCAAACUGCUAUCUCACCCAGAAAACAACGACCAAGUAUCGCUUCAAGCUCCCAAUCAAUCCCAUUUGACUCAAUCGAAGAAGUUUCGCCUUUCAUUCCCGACGAGGCGAUAAUAUCGCUCGUCAAUCAGUACUUCGAGCGGCUCUAUCCCCUUUCUGCUUUCUGCUUCCUCCACCAAGCCACAGUCAUCCAAAGAUGUCACGACAAGACCAUCGAUCGAGCGCUUCAGUUAGCCAUUUGCUCUAUCACGGCCAUCUACUUUGACCAGUGUCAAGGCGAGCGCGAUGCAUGGGCUGGGGAAGCUGAGCAGCUUAUACUCGACCGGCUCGAACAACCUUCCAUUUUCAAGAUACAGGCAUCUCUCCUCCUGAUACGAUACAGAGCUGCUGUGGGACAGUUCCCCAGGGCAUUCAUAAUGGCUGGACUUGCAGCUAGAUGGGCUGCAGCGAUACGCCUCAACUACGAACACUCCAAGUUAAGUCCCGUCGCUCAAGAAGUUCGCAGACGAACAUUUUGGUCUCUGUCCUUGCUUGAAGAUAGCUUUUGCGUUGGUCUGAAAGAGUUCGAACUUUUCGACGCCGACACGAUCUAUCUACAACUCCCCUGCGAAGACGCCGACUUUCAGCAAGAACGGCACGUCCCUACUGGAUACUUACAGCCUGGAAAGGGGCUUGAGCCAGAGGUCCUGAGAAUACGAGCUGCGUUUGUGCGAGUGGCUUUCAUUCGAAGAGCGAUUGUAAGACUCAAUCGACGAAUAAACGUGAAAGAGGUCAAUCUCCCCGAACUCCUUUCGUCGAUGGAAAAGUUUCAGAAUGAUCUUCUUCGCUUAAGGACCAGACUUGCGCCUUGUGAUCAAUACCCACCCUCAUAUACACAAGACGUUCAUUUAUCACCACAAUACUUUGUAUUGCACAUGAGCUGGCACUUAACCCACUGCGACCUUUACCGAAUUUUCCUCACUGGAUAUCCUGAGUCUACACCAGACACCAUGAUUGAAGGGAUUUCCGCAGCCGAGAAGGGGUUGAUGAAAGACAAGUGCCUAUCGCAUGCAGAACAAAUCGUCAAAGUCUUGUCGGACUUUGUGCAGCAUAAGGAAGAGAAUGAAAUACUUGAGUUUGAAGCAGCUAUCUGUACGUACCAUGCCGCCAGGUUGGUGCUCUUCGGAACAUACACGGGCAAGGACAAUACUGGGCUGCCCAUGCAGAUGGCCAUCAAUAAGGCGCAGCUGUGUCUGGAUGUCAUCACACGAUACUUUGCAUUCUCAGAACAACUUAAAUCCAUGCGACAAGAACUUGAACGAGUUAUACAGCAACACAAAGCGUGGCUUGAGUCUUCGGACCACCGCGCCAUCACAACAACGACUGAUCCGAAUCCGGCCCAGUCUUCGAAGCUCGCCAAAGACGCAUAUAUCCGCCAGCGACUCGCGAUACACAGUCUUCUUCGACAAUCCGAUUUUGUCGACGACAGUCAUGAUGCAGCUCCUGCAGCUCCACCUGAGCCGGAAAGUGAGCAGCAAUCGCCUGAACAGCAGGCGAAUUGGGGCAUCAGGGACCCCGUUACAGAUCAAAAUUUGAUGUUUGGUCUGCCUUAUGGUGGAGGGCUGGAUUUGAAUGCGUGGGCAUCGAGUAUGGCUGGAAAUCAAGAUCUGAAUGGGCUUUUUACGGAUUUUGACGAGCAGUAUAUGUACUGA